AUGGGGGAGGGAGACUGGCACGAGGGCCUGGAGGUCAGUCCGGAGGAGCUCGCUGAGGCCAGGAAGAGGCUCGGGGUCAAGGGCAAGACCCCUGGCCCCAACGGGAUUCCUGGCCGCGCUUGGGCCCUCGCACUCGGCGAGGGAAACCUGUUCGCGGCCACCCGCAGGGUACUGAGCGGGUGCCUCAGGGAGGAGGAUCUACAGACAGUGGAUCUAUGGAACGGUGUACAGGACGCCACGAACUUCGGCGGCAUCUCGCUGCAAAUGAACCUACUUACACGUGAAAUAAUCGGCAUCGAGGACUGCUUCUACCUGAACGUAUAUACCACGGACGUCGAGCCGGGAAAGAAGUGCGCCGUGAUGAUGUGGAUGCAAAGCGGUGACUAUACUUCUUGUUCCGGCAAUAAUUUACUAUGCGGUCCCGAUCACAUCGUGCAAAAAGACGUCUUGCUGAUCACGCUGAAUUAUAGGCUGAACAUAUUCGGUAAGUGA